AUGGUCCAGAAGGACCGUCAUGUGAACGGUGGUGAUGGUCUCUCUGAGAGUCUGGGAAGCAUCAUUCAUCCUCGCCAGCCCCCCACGAUCUCCUCCAACCACUUGAGCGAGGAUCUGUUGGUCCCAAGACCGAACCAGGUAGCCCCCCAACUUCCUGUCGUCGGCUCAGAGUCCAAGUUUGGUUCCAGGCAGGCCCCCAACUGCCUGUCGUCGGCUCAGAUUGCAAUUGUGGUUCCAGGCAGCACCCCAACUACCUGUCGUCGGCUCAGAGUCCAAGUGUGGUUCCAGGCAGCCCCACAACUGCCUGUCGUCAGCUCAGAGUCCAAUUGUGGUUCCAAGCAGCCCCUCAACUGCCUGUCAUCAGCUCAGAGUGCAAGUGUGGUUCUAGGCAGCCCCCCAAUUACCUGUCGUCCUCCAGGCCUCAGCUCAGAAUCCAAGUUUGGUUCCAGGCAGCUCCUCAACUGCCUGUCGUCCUCUGGGCCUCAGCUCAGAGUCCAAGUGUGGUUCCAGGCACAUACUGCCUAUCAUUGGCUCAGAGUCCAAGUGUGGUUCCAGGUAGCCCCCAACUGCCUGUCAUCCUCCGGGCCUUGGCUCAGAGUCCAAGUGUGGUUCCAGGCAGCCCCCCAACAGCCUCUCGUCCUCCGGACCUUGGCUCAGAGUCCAAGUGUGGUUUCAGGCAGCCCCCAACUGCCUGUCGUCCUCUGGGCCUCGGCUCAGAGUCCAAGUGUGGUUCCAUGCAGGCCCCCAACUGCCUGUCAUCGGCUUAGAGUCCAAGUGUGGUUCCAGGUAGGGCCCCAACUGCCUGUUUUUGGCUCAGAAUCCAAGUUUGGUUCCAGGCAGCCCCCUAACUGCCUGUCAUCAGCUCAGAUUGUAAUUGUGGUUCAGGGCAGCACCCCAACUGCCUGUCAUCGGCUCAGAGUCCAAUUGUGGUUCCAAACAGACCCCCAACUGCCUGUCGUCCUCCAGCCCUCGGUUCAGUGUCCAAAUAUUUUCCAAUUAGCCCCCCAACUGCCUGUCAUCCUCCGAGCCUCGGCUCAGAGUCCAAGUGUGGUUCCAGGCAGCCCUCCAACCGCCUGUCGUCCUCCGGGCCUCGGCUCAGAGUCCAAGUGUGGUUCCAGGCAGCCCUCCAACCGCCUGUCGUCCUCCGGGCCUCGGCUCAGAGUCCAAGUGUGGUUCCAGGCAGCCCUCCAACCGCCUGUCGUCCUCCGGGCCUCGGCUCAGAGUCCAAGUGUGGUUCCAGGCAGCCCUCCAACCGCCUGUCGUCCUCCGGGCUCGGCUCAGAGUCCAAGUGUGGUUCCAGGCAGCCCUCCAACCACCUGUCGUCCUCCGGGCCUCGGCUCAGAGUCCAAGUGUAGUUCCAGGCAGAACCCCCAACAGCCUGUCGUCCUCCGGGCCUCGGCUCAGGAUCCAAGUGUGGUUCCAGGCAGCCCUCCAACAGCCUGUCGUCCUCCGGGCCUCGGCUCAGAGUCCAAGUGUGGUUCCAGGCAGCCCCACAACUGCCUGUCGUCAGCUCAGAGUCCAAGUGUGGUUCCAAACAGACCCCCAACUGCCUGUCGUCCUCCAGCCCUCGGUUCAGUGUCCAAAUAUUUUCCAAUUAGCCCCCCAACUGCCUGUCAUCCUCCGAACCUCGGCUCAGAGUCCAAGCAGUCCCCCAACUGCCUGUCAUUGGCUCGAGAGUAUUCCAAGGCUGGAUUCCAGGCAGUCCCCCAACUGCCUGUCAUCGGCUCGAGAGUAUUCCAAGGCUGGAUUCCAGGCAGUCCCCCAACUGCCUGUCAUCGGCUCGAGAGUAUUCCAAGGCUGGAUUCCAGGCAGUCCCCCAACUGCCUGUCAUUUUUGGCUCGAGAGCAUUCAAGCUGGAUCCAGGCAGCCCCCAACGCCUGCCUCAUCGCUCAAGAGCAUUCCAAAGGCUUGGAUUCCAGGCAGCCCCCCAAACUGCCUUUCAUCGGCUCAAGAGCAUUCAAGGUGGGAUUCAGGGCAGCCCCCCCAACUGCCCUUUCAUCGGCUCAAGAGCAUUCCAAGGCUGGAUUCCAGGCAGCCCCCCAACUGCCUUUCAUCGGCUCAAGAGCAUUCCAAGGCUGGAUCCAGGCAGUCCCCCAACGCCCUUCAUCGGCUCCCAAGAGCAUUCAAGGCGGAUUCCAGGCAGUCCCCCAACUGCCUGUCAUCGGCUCAAGAGCAUUUCCAAGGAAGGAUUCCAGGCAGUCCCCCAACUGCCUGUCAUCGGCUCAAGAGUAUUCCAAGGCUGGAUUCCAGGCAGUCCCCCAACUGCCUGUCAUCGGCUCGAGAGUAUUCCAAGGCUGGAUUCCAGGCAGUCCCCCAACUGCCUGUCAUCUGCUCAAGAGUAUUCCAAGGCUGGAUUCCAGGCAGUCCCCAACAAAACUGACUGUUAUCUGCUCAAGAGUAUUCCAAGGCUGGAUUCCAGGCAGCCCCCAACUGCCCUUUCCAUCGGCUCGAGAGUAUUUUUUCCAAGGCUGGAUUCCAGGCAGUCCCCCAACUGACUGUCAUCGGCUCAGAGUAUUCCAAGGCUGGAUUCCAGGCAGUCCCCCAACUGCCUGUCAUCGGCUCGAGAGUAUUCCAAGGCUGGAUUCCAGGCAGCCCCCCAACUGCCUUUCAUCGGCUCGAGAGUAUUCCAAGGCUGGAUUCCAGGCAGCCCCCCACUGCCUUUCAUCGGCUCAAGAGUAUUCCAAGGCUGGAUUCCAGGCAGUCCCCCCAACUGCCUUUCAUCGGACUCAAGAGUAUUCAAGGCUGGAUCCAGGCAGUCCCACAAAUGCCUGUCAUCGGCAUGAGAGUAUUCAAGGCUGGAUUCCAGGCAGUCCCCCAACUGCCUGUCAUCGGCAAUGA